AUGGCAGCAACAGGGCAAGCAUUCCGACUCUGCGCCCGCAGCAGUUGUCGGAUACCAACCACGCCGCGCAUCGCCGCGACCCGCCCGACGACGACGACUCAACAGACCCAGAGACGAGCCUUUACCGCCAGCACCACGCAACGAGCACCGGGAUUCGGCGAAGAUCGUGACGAAGCCGUCGAGGAGAUGGUGGCGCGCCUGAAGCCCGAGGACGUGAAAAAGCUCGAGAGGCUCCAGAAGAACGAACCCGAGUUCCAGCAGAUGUCGGUGGCCAAGGGCCUUGCGGCGCGGAUUGCGAGGGACAAUGCGCAGCAUCCGCUCCCGAGGCCCACGCCGAACAGGUCGCCUAGGGCGUUCAUCCAAAGGAACUCGUUUUGGUACGAUGAGGAUGACCCGACGGCGCCGAUUGAUAACACGUUGGAGGAAUUUGAAGAGGACGACAUCAUGCCCCAGGCGCACGGAAAGCUGGACGAGAUUCGCGAGUACAGACAUUACCACCGCAUCAUGGCGUGGGAGAUGCCGCUGCUGUCCAAGCUCGCCAAACCUUUUGAGCCGCCCAAGGAGGACGAGGUGCUGCGCUUCCGAUACACGUCGUACAUGGGCGAGCACCACCCGGCGGAGAAGAAGGUGGUUGUGCAGUUCUCGCCGGCGGACCUGGGGCUCACCGACGUGCAGGCGGACAAGCUCCGCAAGCUGGUCGGGGCGCGGUACAACCCGGAGACGGACGUGAUCAAGAUGAGCUCGGAGAAGUACGAGCACCAGGCGCAGAACAAGCGGUACCUGUCCAACUUGGUGGACGAUCUGAUUACCAGUGCCAAGGACCCCAAGGACGACUUCAAGGACGUUCCCCUCGACACGCGGCACCACGUCUUCAAGAACAAGCCCAAGUUCCCUAAGGAGUGGCGCAUGAACGAGGAGCGCCGCAAGGAGCUCGACGGAUUCCGCAUGCGGGCGCUCGAGAUCGACGCCGGCAGGCUCGAGGAGGGACAGGUCGUCGACGGCACGGAGAAGAUUGAGCAGUUCCUCGCGGCGCCGCCGCCCGAGACGGGGGGUAAGGUGGCCGAGAUGGUGGCUGUCCGGGGCCGGGGCGGUAACAAGCAAAAGGGUCUCGGCCGUCGGUAA